CGGAAGUGGGUGGUGGACUCGCCGUCACCACACCAGUCAGACCACCGUCGACACAGAGUCAGCUGGGAUGAAGCUCGGCACCGGAGAACCAGAGGGAUUGAUCCGGUUCUGAGGCUGAACGCCGUCCUGGUGAUCACGCGGUGAAGCGAUCGGAUUGUUUAAAGGAGAAGAAAAGAAAACCUGAACAUCGCCGACAUGAUGGAGGAAAUAGACAGAUUCCAGGUACCGAGCGCGGUGCAGGAGGCAGAGAUGCAGUCCGAGAUGCAGCCGCUGGACCCGGCUUCUUCCACUGCCUCGGAGGCAGAGUCCGACACCAGAGAAGGAGAAGCUGUUACUAUCAACUAUAAGCCCUCACCCCUCCAGAUGAAAAUAGAGAAACAAAGAGACCUGGCCAGGAAGGGCUCAUUAAAGAACAACAACACUGUAGGUAGUCCGGUUAACCAGCAGCCCAAGAAGAACAACGUCAUGGCCAGAACACGGUUGGUAGUACCCAAUAAAGGUUAUUCAUCUUUAGACCAGAGCCCAGACGAAAAGCCCCUGGUGGCCUUAGAUACCGACAGUGACGAUGAUUUCGACAUGUCUAGAUACUCGUCGUCUGGAUAUUCUUCUGCAGAGCAAAUCAAUCAGGAUCUGAACAUCCAGCUGCUGAAAGACGGCUACCGCCUCGACGAGAUCCCAGACGACGAGGACCUGGAUCUGAUCCCGCCCAAAUCAGUCAACCCGACCUGCAUGUGCUGCCAGGCGACCUCCUCCACGACCUGCCAAAUCCAGUAACCCCUCCCUCCCAAAACCGCCGGUCCCCUUGUCCCUCACAAACUUAAACCCGCUGUCUUCAUCCGCUGUGAGUUUACUUCGCCACCAGAGUGGCAAAAUGUGAGGCAUUUAUAGAAUAUUGUCAUGACAGUAAAGUGCUAUGAUGAUUAGGUAAAUAAUCACACUAACAAAUAAAAACUUUGGUACAAAAUCUUGAACAUAGAGGAAAGCAUAUGUAAUGGUAAAAGCAGUAAAGUGGCGGAUUCCUCCUAUGGCAGGAAACACACUUCUGUUUAAGAGCUCCCUCCUCCUGGCGGACGCCAUGUGACCCUGAUAUUAGUUUACAGACACAAAAAAGGUCAGCUGCUGCUGUGAAGUGGUUUCCAUUUCCCUGACUGGUAACAAACAUGAUCAUAACUGCUGACUCAACUGUUCUGCUCUGGUUUGCCUUGUUUUAAUAUAUUUUUUUCCUUUUAUUUUAAUGUACUAACUAUGAGAUC